GCCAAGAAGACCGGCUGGUGCUGCUGUAUUUGUAUUUAUAUCCAUUGCUGCGCUCUGUGUUUCCGUGGCGCGUCCGGACACUCCUCCACCUCCCCCUCCUCUUCCUCCUCCGGGGCCACCUCCCCUCCUUCUCCACCCCAUCUGCUUCUGUCAAAUGAAAAAGUCACCGAGGAAAACCCAAACACUCCAGCCGCCGAGAGCCCCCUUUGGCACUUGGCAGCACGCGGCGGCGGGCUCCUCGGCUCAACUCGGUGGAGCUUUCGCGACGCAACUUUCGGGGCUGCUUUGCAUUUAAGAGAGAAAAGACAGAGGAGGGGGAGAGCUCCGCCGGGCAGCGGCUACCUGCGGGGAGUUCGAGAGCAAACGCAACCGGAGAGGAAGGACCAAAAGAAAGCAAAGGGCAAACCGCCACUGCAGGGUAGGGGAGCCGCCGAGAAGUUACAGUGUCCGGGAGAGGAUUUUCCCGAGCGCUCGGCGGGAGAGACCAGGGCGGCCUGGGGCGCGGAGCGGCCCUGGGCUCGUCCCCGGCCCCCUCCUACCGGGCGGGAGCGACGCCGGGGCGCGAAGUGGGGCGCGGCGAGCACCGGCCGGCAGAGCGGGUCCCCGCGGGCAGCCAACAUUGAUUUCCUCCGGGCCGAGGGCGAGGGCCCGGGCGGCGGCGGGCUGCAGCCGCGGCACGGCGAUAGUAUGUCCAAGCCGGUGGACCACGUCAAGCGGCCCAUGAACGCCUUCAUGGUGUGGUCGCGGGCUCAGCGGCGCAAAAUGGCCCAGGAGAACCCCAAGAUGCACAACUCGGAGAUCAGCAAGCGUCUGGGCGCCGAGUGGAAGCUGCUCACGGAGUCGGAGAAGCGGCCGUUCAUCGACGAGGCGAAGCGUCUGCGCGCCAUGCACAUGAAGGAGCACCCCGACUACAAGUACCGGCCGCGGCGCAAGCCCAAGACGCUGCUCAAGAAGGACAAGUUCGCCUUCCCGGUGCCCUACGGCCUGGGCGGCGUGGCGGACACGGAGCACCCGGCGCUCAAGGCGGGCGCCGGGCUGCACGCGGGUGCGGGCGGCGGCCUGGUGCCCGAGUCGCUGCUCGCCAACCCCGAGAAGGCGGCCGCCGCCGCCGCCGCCGCAGCCGCGCGCGUCUUCUUCCCGCAGUCGGCCGCGGCCGCCGCCGCCGCCGCCGCAGCCGCCGCCGCGGGCAGCCCCUACUCGCUGCUCGACCUGGGCUCCAAGAUGGCAGAGAUCUCGUCGUCGUCGUCGGGCCUCCCGUACGCGUCGUCGCUGGGCUACCCGACCGCGGGCGCGGGCGCCUUCCACGGCGCGGCGGCGGCGGCUGCAGCGGCGGCCGCGGCCGCCGGGGGGCACACGCACUCGCACCCCAGCCCGGGCAACCCGGGCUACAUGAUCCCGUGCAACUGCAGCGCGUGGCCCAGCCCCGGGCUGCAGCCGCCGCUCGCCUACAUCCUGCUGCCGGGCAUGGGCAAGCCUCAGCUGGACCCCUACCCCGCGGCCUACGCCGCCGCGCUAUGACCCCGCGGGGCCGCCUUGCGAGGACCGGUGUGCACACGUGUACAUAUGUAUAGGUACGAGUUCUGCGGCCUCCCCGUGCGCCCUCCCGCGACUGGGGGCCCGGGUUAUAUGUACAUAAGAUGUAUAGGUGCCUGGCAGAGGCAGAGAUGCCAGUCGGGGCGCGAGUGGCCGAGCGCGCGAGUGCGCGGGCGAGCGUGCGUGUGAAUUCACAGGAUCAUUUCAGACAUGCAACAACUUUAAAGAGGGCCGUUGUAUCCGGCAGCAGUUGGUCUUUGCUUUGCACUUCGUAACCUGUUGCGUUUUGACCCACGGAGGUGGAGUAACUUUUUGACAUGUUGGGCUUUCCAGUUUUGUUUGUUGGAAGUUUUAUUGUCGGUUUUGUUUUUGUUUCUCAUGAUCUCCGCCCCUCCCACCCCCCCGGUCUGUCUUGCAUGCACUCUGUUCAAAUGUUAGGUCUGAAAUGGCUGGCACACGGGAAAAGCUGAUCUCGGAAUGGGAUGGCUCUGAGCAAACUUGCUCCCUGUUUGUACUAUUUGAACUCUGCAGAUCUGUUCUCUCAAGCAGAACCCCCAGACCGGAUCCAUUCUUGACCAGUGACCGGCUCCAAUCUGGCCUUUUGUAUGUGAGGUGAUCACGGUUUCUUUUGUUUAUCACGCCAUAUGCAAAUCAGAGCAAGAGCUCUUUCUCUAGAGCAAGAAACGCAAACAAGAAAUAUGUGUGAGAUGAAAGUUGUCAAUUGGAUUUUCUCCCUUAAAACAAACAAACAAAACUACAAGAAGUCUCCCUGAGUGCACUCGCUCGGAUUUCUGACACAGUUUACAAAAAGGGAAAAGGCACGGUUCCUAGUUUCCCCUAGGGCUGAUUUCACCUUAAGAUUGUAAAUGUGUACAUGUCUGUGAAAACAUUGAGUCUUGGAAAAUGUGUUAUUUUCGUUGCCCUAAACUUGAGUCGGUUUUAGACUCAAAAACAUUUUGAGCAAAUGUCAAAGGUAACUUUUAAAAAUUGCGGAACUGUUUCAGAAUCGCAAUUUUAUCGAAGAUUAAAUCAGACUUUUUUGUCUGAAUGGUAAUUAUAUAUUUAUUAUUUAGCAAACCUGGAAAAAAAAGCACAGAAUUGUCUCGACAGAUGUCUCUCAUUUUCAGCGAGCAUUUCUCUCCCAACUUGAGCCGUUUUGAUGUGUUUUGGAGUUCCCUCCCCGAUUGGCUUAUUUUUUAGAUCACCUGCAAUUCAUUUGCAAAUUAUGAUAAACACAUUUAGAAAAAAGAUCCUUCCUCAAUUAAAGCUUUUUUGUUUCUUUUUAAAUGUAUAUAUUUUGACUAAUGUUUGUGAAUGAAGUUGGCUAACAUGUAUUUAGUUUCAUUUUGGCUUUAUGUAAUAUAAAGUUUUUAAAAAUUUAAAUAUUGGUUUUAGCCUUUAUGUGUAAAUGGUUUUCUUGUGUGAUCUUCUAAUUUAAUAUUAGACGUCUAAGCUAUAUCUGUAAAUUAGAAUCCGACUAUCACUCUGUUCAUAUUUUUUGAACAAAGAGUUUAAAUAAAGCCUGAACCAGGGAAAAGA